UCCCUUUGUAAACAAGUUGCAAGAAUAUACUAUAGAUACUAGAGGUGGUGGUAACAUGCUAAACGAUCGAUUUUCCUACAAAGAGAAUCUGAGGGUGUUCCUAUUGAACGUUGUGCAAUAAUUCAUGAGCGUAAUAAUGUAAUCUGCUUCCGACUGUUAACAGAUACUUCCCUGCUAAGAACGCGGGCACUUGAUUGUUAUUAAAAAUGGAACCCGAAUUAUCUCCACCAGUAAACCGCCCACACGAUUUAUUUGUGAAUGGGUAAGUGUUUUAUAUCAAGUAGUAAACAAUGAAACAUGAUACGAUACAUGAUAUGUUAUCAGUCCGAUUCAUGAAAUGUUUUUAUACUGUGAACGUUUAACUUGAAACUAGCCAACCGUCGAUAUGCUCAUUACAUAAUAAGUGAAUACAGUGAAGUCAGCUUUCAACAUCCUCCUGUUUAAAGCUGUUCCGUGAUUAGAACUCAUACACUCAAACAGUAGCUACUGGUGUCCAGCAAAUGAUAGGCUGAUGAUCAUGCAGUGUAUCAAUAUUUUUCCUAACAAAAUGUACACCACAUAGAUUUUGCCAUCCGGAGCUAACCCAGACCAUGGUUACCAGGGGCAGACAUUACAGAGCAGUAUGUUGGUGACGGCUAUUCUGUGUUCCUUUAUUCUCGGAGUCGUAUUUACGCUGAUCAUUCAGUUCCUCUUCAUCAAAUAUCAGCUGAACCACACUCCAGAAGAAGAAAUCAAACACAAGCCACAGUUUACAGAUUUCAAGCUGCCAAAGGACUUAUUGGUUGCACUAAAAGAGGCUCUCAAGAAAGAUCAGAGAGAAAGUUGCCUGGCCUUGAACUUGAUCAUCAGCUUUCUGUUCAGAGAACUGAAGGAUAAAAAAAUCAUUAGAAGAUGGGUAAUCAAGAAAAUGAACACAGAAUUUGCAGAGCUCAUGCAGAAAACAGCUGGCAGAAUUUUGGAACAAAUAUCAGUUCAGGAAUUCAAUUUAGGACCAUCCUUUCCUGUCAUAAAGUCUGUAGCAGUCAAAGAUACUAAAAUAGAAAAUGAUGCAAUAGAUAAAUUAGAUAUAGAAGUUGACCUAGAUUAUCGGGGAGGGUUCCAGUUGUCUUUAGGAAUCGACCUAGUUCUGGGAAAGCAUGUGUUUCUGUCUGUCACGGUCACAAACCUUCAGGGGAGGGCCAGGCUGCAGUUCUCACACAAACCCUACAGUCACUGGUCCUUCUCCUUCUACGAGGAGCCGCAUAUUGAUUUCCAAGUGGAGUCAAAGUAUGGAGGGAGGGCAACUCCACAACUGACUUCCCUGAUUAUUAAACAGAUUAGAAGAACCAUUCGGAAGAAGCACACACUGCCUAACUACAAGUUCAGGAUGAAGCCAUUCUUUACGCCCCCACCAUCCAGAGUUCCACAGAAAGAUCUCUUCAUAAAUGGCACCAAAAUAGGUCAUGGGAAGCUAACUGUGACGAUUAAAUGCUGUUCACGCUUGAUUGAUGUUCCAUCAGAUUCCAUUCUCUACUGCACAUUAUCAAUUGAUAGCUGCCCAUGGCUUGAGUUGCUGGAAAAGAAGAAGAAGGUGUGGAUAAUUCAAGAUGUGGAGAUCAUAAAAGGCAACUCGGAAUCUAUAGGACUUAUAUUUAAGGAGGAAUUUUUAUUGGAUAAAUAUGAGGAUGUUGUUAUGGUGGACUGUGUAACUCCAGGCUCUCCUGCUGACCAAUCAGACGUCAGAAAGGGAGAUAUUUUGUCCCUUAUCAGCAAUGUUAAAGUGACAACUUCAAAGCAAGCUGCAAAAUUAUUCAAAAGUGCUGGAGAAAGGGUUUCAGUGAGGAUAGAAAGAGCAAAGAUAAAAAACCACCCCCCUCUUGACCUUCAAAUUACAGAGGAUAAUGUCAGUCUCAAGGAUCUUACCCAGAAUGACUUAACUAAAACAUCCGAGAGUUCAGAAGAUUUUGUCAACAUCAGUAUAAAUACUCACCAAGGGGAAAAAAGUUCCUAUACCUUACCAUCCCCCUCCAGUAGUCCACAGAAAAGAGUUCUAGACUUUGUGAACACUGGCCUUGGAAAAGGGAAGACUCUUCUAAGAGGGAGACAGAAAAGUAACACCAUACACGAAGCACCUGCUAACUUACAGCCAGCAGGACAAAUUAGUCCUAAGCCAAUCAGAAGGAAUGUGUCAGACAAGAACCUGUCUAAUCUUGGAACCUCACCCUCAGGAUCAUCCCUGAAUGGGGGGAUGGAUCUCAAGGGGCGGAGUCAGAGUGAUGUAUCAUCUGCAAAGUCUUUGGAAUCAGCUGAUAUAAUGAUGAAUGAAGAACCUGAAGAUGAAGAUGAUAACACCGAUGUCAUUCAAACCAUUGAGGUUCCCUCCUGCAGUGACCCUGUGUGGAAUGAGACAUUUACAUUCAAUGUUCGUGCUGAUGAGAAGUUUCUGAAUGUCUGUGUAUCUUGUAAAAUACCAGAAAAAACGGAUAAACAGAACAAAACCAUCAAACCAUCUAAGGUCUUUGCCAUAGGACAGGUCAGCCUCUCUCUGCUAGACAUAUGCCUGGACUGCUUGAUGACAUUACAGGGUGAUACACAGCAAACUGUGUCCUUGGAACCUACAGAGGCUAGGGCGGGGGCCAGUCGGAACAAGUUUUCCUCCUACUCGGGACAUCCAGGAUUUGACCCCAGUCUGUGUUUUGGCGACAUAACUAUGGAAUUUUCUCACAGUCCUAAUAAUCUCAAUGACAAAGAUCUCAAACAGUUAACAAGGAAACUCCCAGAACCAGUCCCAAUAAACAGGAAGAAAGAGGAAAAACCAGUGACUGUCAGUAAGGAGGGAAUCCUGGGAGAUGCCAUCAAAGAAAUUGUGAAGGGAAAACAUGACUUGAUGCUUACAAACUUUGAUGCAGCAACAUACUGCAACUACUGUGGGAAGAAGAUCUGGUUUAAACAAGCAUUUUUAUGUAGCCUGUGUGAAAUGAAGUGUCACAAGAAAUGUGCAGCCAAAUAUCAAAUGGAGACAAUUUGCACUGAGCAUGGGCCAAUGAAGAGGUCAGAUCCAAAGGCACCAUGGAAACCACUGAUGAUCAGGGCAGAAGGAGAAAAAGUGAAAACUGCAGAGAGAGGCACAGGCAUUCUGAGUAAAUUUAAACAGAAAAAGACAACAUCAAAACCACAGUCCUCCCUUCACAAACCCUCCACCCCAACCCAGGUCCUUCCCUAUACACUGUCUCCAAACAUCAGCCCCACUUUUGGGCGAAGGCGCAAUUCAGCACCCAACACAGACAGCCUGACCAAUCAAAGCACUGCUGCACAUAUUGCUGAUUCCACCUCAGUGACACAGACACAUUCAGCUGGGUCACUUCAAAGCUUUGUCACAACUUUACCCAAGCCUCAGUCAGAUGAGUUUAGCAUCAAGAGUAGGAGUUCAGUGAAUUCAGACUACGACACUUCGGAUGAUUCAGAUUUAGAAAUGGAGGAUAUUCUCAGUGGGAUGAGAAAGAAGCAGAAGGGACAGAACUUGGAUGAAAUGGUGGUCAUGGCUGCUAAAGAAAUGGGGAAGGAAUUGUAUGCAGAAUUGUCAUUAGAGGAGAGGAAAGCUAAACUAGAUGCCAUGGUUUCCAAACUACAGAGGGAAAUAGAUGAAGAAUCUGAAAACAAGAAUGAAUUAACAAAGGCAGAAGAAGAGACCAUCGAUCAAGCUCAGAAAGAAUUGUUACGUCAUCAGAUUGCAAAAUCUGAUGAGAAAGUGGAAGCCAUGAUGAUGAUGAUGUUACAUUACUGUGCAGGACUUCAAUAUUGUCUGGAUCAGGAACAAGAAGAAAAGCAGAGAAGAGCUGGUACUAAAUCGUCAUCUGCUAGCUAUGAUAAACAGCCUGUAGAGGAGAUUAAGAGCAGCGAGUCUAAUUCCCCAAAGAGUCUAAUUAGGGAAGAAAAUCAGAUUAGUUGCCCUGCUAUCUCGGUGGAAGUUGCCAGCUCUCCAGAGGAAAAUGUGGAGGACUUUGCUCUGUUUCCUGAGAGAGAAGAUGAUGUGGUACACGUGGGGGUGGUGGAUGAUUUGAUGCAAGUCGAAGAUGCCUCACAUUUGAUGCAGGAUCCUUCAAGAUCUGAUCGAAAGCAAGAGGAAGAGACAUUAAAGGCAACAAAUAUGGAGGGUAAACAUAGACUUUUAUCUUCAUACAAUGAUCAAUCUACUUCCUUUAAACAGCCAGAGGUGUACAUGGACGAGGAAGACAUUUUAGCAGAUGUUAUUAAUACUGUUACAGAAAUCAUUGAAAAAUCUGAAGGGGAAACAGAUUCAAGUGAUUCAGAGGAUGCUGCACAAGUUGAUGAAACACAUUCCAUCAAUUGAUAUACAUGUACUAGUAUAUGUCUCACUGAUCAAAAAAUUCUUCAAUAUGAAAUGAUUGCUGUCUCUCUGUUAAUGUAUAUCUUUUAAGAGAUCAUUCACUGUACAUUAGGCUUAAGAGAUCAUUCGCUGUACAUUAGGCUUAAGAGAUCAUUCACUGUACAUUAGGCUUAAGAGAUCAUUCACUGUACAUUAGUCUAAAGAGAUCAUUCGCUGUACAUUAGGCUUAAGAGAUCAUUCACUGUACAUUAGGCUUAAGAGAUCAUUCACUGUACAUUAGGCUUAAGAGAUCAUUCACUGUACAUUAGACGUAAGAGAUCAUUCCCUGUACAUUAGACGUAAGAGAUCAUUCGCUGUACAUUAGGCUUAAGAGAUCAUUCGCUGUACAUUAGGCUUAAGAGAUCAUUCACUGUACAUUAGGCUUAAGAGAUCAUUCACUGUACAUUAGGCUUAAGAGAUCAUUUGCUGUACAUUAGGCUCGUUGUUCAAAAGAUAUUUAGUGUAACGCAUGAAAUACAAACUUAAAGAUUUGGAGGUAAAAGCGUACACUUUUUCCGGCUUGUAUAUGUAUGUCAGUGUUUGUGAUUAAUUUGAAAGCUUAUUGUGAUAUAUCAAAUGUGAUUCAGUGACAGCCAUAUUGUAGCCAUUUAGAAGACCCAAUAGUUAUAAUUAUUUACUGUCCAAGUUUCUUUCUUACAUGUACUGAAAAUUGCAUAUCAUUCAUGAGAAUUUUAUUUUUCACCGAAUUGAUGAGGUUCUCAUGAUGAAUUUGAGUCCGUAGACACAAACAGUUAUGAACUAAAUGAGCAUAUCUAAAAAUUAUGUUUCUGGUAUAUUUUUCAGAGCAAGAUUUUGGACAUAAAGUCUUUUGAAAUAUUUAAGUGAUUUUCAGUUGUGUGUCCCAAAUGCUGGUGGGAGAAUUGCACUUGUUUAUUGGUCUAUUGUGUUUUUCUGUCAAUUACAAAAUACAUUUAAUCCUGUUCAUCUGACACUACAGUUCAGUGAAUUUCAACCAUGUUUUUCUGAUUCAGAUUGUUCUUAAUUUACUCUGCAGUUGGAGUGCAUCCUGUCAAUUUCUCUCCUAAGUGUAACUGUGACAAUUCCACUAUAACUUUGACAUGUUGAAAAUUCAAGUUCACGAUUAGAUUUACAUUUUAUGUGAGUAUUUAUGAUGAGGUUUGAAGUAAAAUAACACUGAACUAUUGGAGACUGUAGGGGACAAAGUGUUUCAGAGUGCAGUUUUUAGGGGAGUGAAUUUGCAUAUUUCUAAAAAGAACCUAUGUAAUAUAGUUUUGAUGGAGAGUAAAUGCUUUAUGAGAAGGUACAGAAUAAUUCUCAGAAAGUCUUUGUAUUUUACAUUUACAAGAUUUCCUCUUCAAUAAAACCACAAAAAUAAAUUGAACCCUUCCCCCAUCAAAAAGGGGGAGGGGGUUUAUAUAUGCAUAUAUUUUUUCCAAGUUCAAGAUUAUAAAUAGCUGAAAAAAGCACUGAUUCUACAUACUUGCAAAUGAAAUUUUUUUUUUAUUCAAAUGAGUUGAUUCUCCUCUCAAGCAUUGGUCCUCAAUUCCAACACUGAAUGUACAUGUAUUUAGUUAUAGGUCAGUAUUAUAUAAUUUUCUAAUAGUUUAUUUUUACAUCACUAGAAUUUGACUUAUUGAGAGUGUAUAGCCAAGAGCCAGUAAUACUCACAUUGCCAUAAAUUUUGUAUAUGUACAUGCACUUGCUGCUAAUAUGAAAGCAUAUACAUACAUAUUUGUUUAUUUAGUGUUUGGUUGUUUAGGUACUUAGAUAUCAAACCCUUUAAAUUCGUACUUAAAUUGUGAUUUUUGUUUUAGCAUAAGGUUAUUACAUGUAUGUUAAUUUUCAAAAUAUGAAAGUAAUACUGUCAAAAAGAUUUCAUGGGCUUUUGAAUAUUUUUCUGAAUGGCCACAGAUGUAAAGCCUAUCUAUUCAAUAAGUGUUCGUUUUUUAGUUUACUGCUAUACCUUUGUUUUCACUGCCAUUUUGAUCGAAAUUCAAUGAAUAUGAAGAAUUAUGUAAAGAUUGAGAAUAAUUUUAAGGAGUCCUAUUUCUUCAUCUGGUUACGUUUGUUUGUACUCUCAGACAAUUUAUUACAAUUUCAUGAAUGGAAAAAGAAUUGUAUGACAUGUUUGUUUUAUCUUUUUGAAGAACCUGUUCCAUGGAUGUAAAAAAAAUAAUUGUAUAAAUGAAGAUUCCAAUUUGAAGGACAAUUUGUGGAUGUUAAAAAGAAAUUUUAAAUCUUAAUCAAUGAAAAGUAUUAUACAAACUACAAACAUGAGAUAUUAAGGAUUAACACAUUAGGGUAGAGCAACUUUUAAGUACACUGUACUGUAGGAUAUAACGGCCCCCUUUUAAAUCUAUAAUCAUAUACAAUGUAGUUCAAGAAUACUAGCUUCAGAUGAGGAAUUAGCGUUAGCCAUUAAUUCCACAUUUUUCAAAUUCUUAUCUGAAAAAUGUUGCGUUAAAUUAGCUAUUUAGGGGUCAAAGCAAUGUAAAGAAAAAAACUAAUCCAGCUUAUAAGACUCCAGGCUGACUUUAUGCUAGUAUAUUGUACUAACAGAAAAUAUUCUGUUUUGUGCCCUAUUCCUUAUAAGCCAAUAAAAUACCAGAAGUACACUUCCCAGUUACGAUAGCAAAUGUUAUAUAUUCCUCUUUAAAAACAAUCUUUAGCUGUAUUAUACAUUCCUUUCCAACAGUCUUGGGUUUUAUGAGAGGCAAUCAUGCUAAAUCAAUGGAAUAUUUUUAUAUCUUGUAUAACAUUUUCUACAAUCAUAUAAUAAAAGAAUUACCAUCAGCCCUGGGUGCCUCAAGCCUGGUGGCUUUUGAGCUGAUGCAUUGUGUCAAUGUCUAACUGAUAUAUAGGACACGAAUGUCAUGUAAUAAUCUAUAUACUAUACACAUUGUGUGGAUCUCAGAUAUAUAUGUUUUUGAUUUACUUUUGUGCUGUAUAAUAUCUUAUGUGCCACCACCUAAAGACAAGUAUUCUGGUUUGUCAAUCUAAUUAAAACUAGUAUUGUAAUUUCCAUUUCACUUUAAAUUUGUGUAUGGAGUGUAUCACAGAAAAGUGGAAUUUACAAGUCUAAUUUUAUUUAGAUUGUGUAGUUUAUCACCCAAAACUUUUUGUUUUUUGUUUUCACCUGUUUUGAUAUUAUAUUAUGUGCAAUAUGACUUCUCAUGUGAUAUGUUAAUAUUGUUGUAUAUUCCUCACUAUCAUAUCUAUAUGUUACCUACAUGUAUAUCAGAAUCAGGUGCUUAUUAUGGAUCGGUAAAAAUGGCACAUUUAUUAAAGCUGUGUAAGUGAGUAAAUAUCAUGCUUGAUAUUUACAUGUAUCUCAUGUGGAAAUAUUUUUAUCACAAUAUGAAUACAAGUAUACAGUGAAAUACAAACGUGUAGAAAUCAGUUUCAAAAAGCAGGAGGCAAAAGUUUUUAGGGAGGGGAAGUGAAGCUGAAACAGCAUUCUGGGACAAUUUUUCCUAUAUUUCCUACGUGAAUUAUAAGCUAUUUCCAACAAAGUUUUCUCCCUCUUCUAUGUGUGGGGGGUGGGGGCUUAUCCUAAUGUCAGAAUCACAGAUAAUAUUCCUGUACAUAUGCAUGUAUUCUAAUCUAUUUUACAAGUAGUGUAUCGAAGACUUACCAGUCAUCACAUUUACAGCCUCUCAAAUCUGCAAGUUGUACCAAUUGACACUAAAUUUCUUGGAUUUUUAAAAUAAUUUAUACAGUCAAUAUUUACAAAACAAAUGAUUUAAAAACAUUAUUUUCAUUUUAAAAGUGCAGAAUAAUGGAGUUCUAACAGAGUGAUGUUAUAUGUAAGGCAGAGUAAUCAUAUGUGUUAGAUAUAACUAGGAGAGGGAUAUAAAAGAGAUAUUGUUGCAGGAAAAAUUAUAACAUUAAGUACAAUGAAAAUAUUCAAUCAAGUAAAAUUAUAUUUUAAAAACAGUAUUAAAAGCCUUUUUUUUUUUUAAUUAUAUGUCUUGAUAUCUGAUACUAACAUGUCAAGAUUGAUACAUGUAGAUAGGAAAGUGAUCAUGGAUACAGGUUCUGUGAAGUUUACAACUAUUGUUUUAUCAAGGACCGAGAGAAUGUAGUUGAUAUUUUAUAGUAUAUUAUGUUGGAACCUAUUUAUGUGAAACUGAACAUUCCAAAGAGAAGCAUUUUGUAUUGUACAAACAUUGUUUUUUAAGUACUGUGUAUAUUCUAUAUAAGUAUGAAUAAACAAGUACUGGGAGUGA